AGCCGCAGCCGCCGCAGCGCUGCCAGCUCGGGCCGAGCCGACACGCACCGGCCUGGCUGGUCCCCGCCAGCCGCAGAGCGAGGCUGAGCAUGGAGCUGUCCCCGCGCAGCCCCCCGGAGAUGCUGGUGGAGGAGCCGGAUUGCCCGUCGCCCCUGGAGCUGAAGUCGGGCCCCAGCAAGAAGAUGUGGAUUAAGCUCCGGUCGCUGCUGCGCUACAUGGUGAAACAGUUGGAGAAUGGGGAGGUGAACAUUGAGGAGCUGAAGAAAAACCUGGAGUACACGGCGUCCCUGCUGGAGGCUGUCUACAUAGACGAGACACGGCAAAUCCUGGACACGGAGGAUGAGCUGCAGGAGCUGCGGUCAGACGCGGUGCCGUCGGAGGUGCGGGACUGGCUGGCCUCCACCUUCACCCAGCAGGCCCGGGCCAAAGGCCGGCGGGCGGAAGAGAAGCCCAAGUUCCGGAGCAUUGUGCAUGCAGUGCAGGCCGGCAUCUUCGUGGAACGGAUGUUCCGGAGAACGUACACCUCCGUGGGCCCCACUCAUUCCGCUGCCGUCCUUAACUGUCUCAAGAACCUGGACCGCUGGUGCUUCGAUGUCUUCUCCCUGAACCGGGCUUCCGAAGAGCACGCCCUGAGGACCAUCGUGUUCGAGCUGCUGACUCGGCACAACCUCAUCAGCCGCUUUAAGAUCCCCACUGUAUUCCUGAUGAGCUUCCUCGAGGCUCUGGAGACAGGCUAUGGGAAGUACAAGAACCCUUACCACAACCAGAUCCACGCGGCCGAUGUCACCCAGACAGUGCAUUGCGUCCUGCUCCGCACGGGGAUGGUGCACUGCCUGUCAGAGAUUGAGGUCCUGGCCAUCAUCUUUGCUGCAGCCAUCCACGACUAUGAGCACACAGGCACCACCAACAGCUUCCACAUCCAGACCAAGUCCGAAUGUGCCAUCCUGUACAACGACCGCUCUGUGCUGGAGAAUCACCACAUCAGCUCUGUCUUCCGAAUUAUGCAGGACGACGAGAUGAACAUUUUCAUCAACCUCAAAAAGGAUGAGUUUGUUGAGCUGCGAGCACUGGUGAUCGAGAUGGUGUUGGCCACCGACAUGUCCUGCCAUUUCCAGCAGGUGAAAACCAUGAAGACGGCCUUGCAGCAGCUGGAAAGGAUUGACAAGUCCAAGGCCCUUUCUCUGCUGCUCCACGCCGCGGACAUCAGCCAUCCCACCAAGCAGUGGUCCGUCCACAGCCGCUGGACCAAAGCCCUCAUGGAGGAAUUCUUUCGCCAGGGUGACAAGGAGGCCGAGCUGGGUCUGCCCUUCUCUCCGCUCUGCGACCGUUCCUCCACCCUGGUGGCUCAGUCCCAGAUUGGUUUCAUCGACUUCAUCGUGGAGCCCACGUUCUCUGUGCUCACCGACGUGGCUGAGAAGAGUGUCCAGCCCCAGACGGACGACGACUCCAAGUCGAAGAGUCAGCCCAGCUUCCAGUGGCGCCAAGCUUCUUUGGAUGUGGAAGUGGGAGACCCGAACCCUGACGUGGCCAGGUUUCGCUCCACCUGGACCAAAUACAUUCAGGAGAACAAGCAGAAAUGGAAGGAACGGGCAGCAAGUGGCAUCACCAACCAGAUGUCCAUCGACGAGCUGUCCCCCUGCGAGGAGGAGGCGCUGCCCUCCCCAGCCGAAGAUGAGCACAACCAGAAUGGGAAUCUGGACUAGUGGGGGCCGGCCCAGGU